AUGAGGAUCCUGCCCAAUCACCAGAACACUGGAGGCUUCUUUGUAGCUGUCCUGGUCAAGAAAACCCCCAUGCCCUGGAACAGAACAUUCCCCAAGUUGAGGAAGGAGCAGACAUCCAGCUCAGUGCACCAGCCAGAGGACUCUCCAGUGGGCACUCCCCUCCUUGAGAGACCGCUGGUGGAUGGAGACGGAGGAGAGGAGGCAGGAGAGGACUCGCCCAAAGAGCUAGUCGAUCAGACCAAGGAACCCAACGUGUGUGUGUGGGUGAUCAACACAGGGGUGUGGUCUCACAACAGCGACAAGGAGGAGUUUGGCUGUGCCUUCAGACUUGCCCAGGAGGGUAUCUAUACUCUGUUCCACUACAUCCGCUCCAGGAUGAUCACAAUCAGUGUUGAGGACAUCAAGAUUCUACUGACUCAGGAGAACCCGUACCUCAACAAACUGGAGGAUGAUGCUCACCAACAGGCCAAGAAGAUUGAAAUGGGCAGCAUUGUUCUAAAGUACCGGCCUGAUAGUAGUAACCCUGAUGGUCCUCAGUGUCCUAUAGAGCUGUGUGGCUGGAGAGGCAAGACCUCCAUCAGAGCUUUCGUACCUCGCAAUGAGAGGUUCCACUACCUCUCAUUCGAGGUAUUCCGGAACAAACAGGAACCGGGACCCAGGGAGGGAGAGGAGGAGGUGGAGACGGAGAACGGGAACAAAAAUGACAGCAUAAAAGAGGAGCUGAAAGUAGAGGUGACCAGCACCUGACAGGGGAGGGGAGAUAUUGACCAGCACCUGAGGGGAGGAGUAGAAAGAAAUGUGUAUCUCAUUAGUCCUAACAAGUUUUCCUCUCUUUGUCUCCACCAUAUUGCUUUCACCCUUUUUGUUUUUAUAUCAGUGGAGAUGUAGGAGAGGCGUUGAACCUCUUUAGACUAUUGAGACACAGGUAGUAAGGGAAAGGGAGGAGGAGGUGCUGUAUGAGCUGGAGUUAUGCUGUCCAGACUAGGGCUAGACCAAAUGUAAGGGAGAAGAGGUGAGUUGGGAAGCUCAGUAAAACUUCUAAGCCACUGCCAUAGCAGAAAGGCCACCCCUUGACAGAGCACCUGGUCUUCCCUUCUUCCCCAGACUUGGUACACUCCAGGUGUAAUGCCCUGGCCAUAGAGAGGGGUUUUUUGUUCUUUAUUUUGGUUAGGCCAGGG